AGAGAGAGAGAGAGAGAGAGAGAGAGAGGGAGGAGGUGACAUCUCCAGUGCCUGUCUUAGGAAGCAACCUCAGGCUUGAACCUGUGGUGGCCAUUCAGAUACACGAAGGUUGAGGAGGCUGCUUCUGGUUCAGUAGAAACAUGUACUAGCUGGUCUCUGCGCUGUGGUGGCAUGUUUUAGCUGCUGUUUCACUGACUUUAACAUUUGGACUUCCUGAAAACUCUUUUUUUACCCGUUUCUUCUGGAGCUUUGUUUAGCUCCCUCCAGGAUCCGAUGAUUACAGGGCAGCUGAGCAAGCCGCUGCUCUCCCUGCGCAGCGACAUGAGCGCGGCAGAACUCCGGGCGGACGACAAAGCGGCCACCCCAGACAGCGAUCUGAACGACGAGCCCCUGCUCCUGCCCUCCGAGGCCACGGACAGAGAGGGCACUCCCAACAAGCUGUACGGAGCUCGUGACGGUUCGGUCCAGUCUGACACCAGCAGCAGUCCUUCUGAGCAGAGUCAACUGGGCCAGUCCCACCCAGGAUACCCAAUGGGUCCACAGUCUCUCUUGGUGGCCCAGCAAUUGGCCAACGCAGUAGGCGGCGUGAUGUCCGGGGCGGCACCAGGCAUGAACCAGCCCAUCCUCAUCCCCUUCAACGCAGGCGGACACCUGGGCGGGCAACAGGGUCUCGUUCUCUCUCUGCCCACUGCCAACAUCCAGAGCCUGGUGGCUGCUGCUGCUGCAGGGGGCAUCAUGACGCUCCCCCUCCAGAACCUGCAAGCUACCUCAUCACUGAACUCCCAGCUCCAACACCUGCAGCAGCUCCAACAGAUGCAGCAGCACCACCAGCAGCAACAGCAGCAGCAACAACAGCAGCAGCAUCAGCAGCAACAGCAGCAACAUCAUCACCAACAGACCCUUUCCCACACCCAGAACCAGCUGUCAUCCCAGCAUCACAUGACCCCACCCAGCCAGCAGCAGACCUCCGUUCCAUCUCCAGGCUCCACCUGCUCCUCCACCUCUGGACAACCGCAGCACUCCCCACCGCAUCGGCCCAACCAGUCACCGGCCCGCAGCCUUCCUUCACCCGUCACCCCACCCAUGCCUUUGUCGCUGAAUCCAUUGGCCAGCCAGGCGGCGGUAGCAGCGGCAGCAGCCAUGGGAUCCAUUGCCGGUUCUCAGGUGUUCAGCAACGCCCUGUCAAACCUGCAAGGAGCCACUGGACAGCUGGUCACCAAUGCACAAGGACAAAUAAUUGGAACAAUCCCACUGAUGCCCAACUCUGCAGGGCCCUCCAGCCAAUCAGGGGGUGGCAACCCAGCACUGCAGGUACAGCCAAUUACACCUCAGCUUCUGACCAACGCUCAAGGCCAGAUCAUCGCCACGGUGAUCGGCAAUCAGAUCCUGCCUGUCAUCAACACCCAGGGAAUCACGCUGUCACCAAUCAAGCCUGGACAGCAGCUGCCUCAGGCUCAGCAGGGUCAGACAGGCCCCGCAUCGUCUCAGCCCAACCUGCUCCACAUGCCCCACAGACAGAGUCCUCUCCACCAGGCCUCUUCCUCCUCCUCCACCUCCUCCUCUUCCUCGGCUCUCAGCGUGGGGCAGCUGGUCAGCAACCCGCAGACCGCCCCCAGCGAGGUGGACGGGGUCAACCUGGAGGAGAUUCGUGAAUUCGCCAAAGCAUUCAAGAUCCGCCGGCUGUCCCUGGGCCUGACACAGACUCAGGUGGGCCAGGCGCUCAGUGCCGCCGAGGGGCCGGCAUACAGCCAGUCUGCCAUCUGCAGACACACCAUCCUGAGAAGCCACUUUUUCCUACCACAGGAAGCCCAAGAGAACACUAUAGGUAGCAGUCUGACAGGCAAACUGAACCCUGGCCUUUUAUAUCCUGCCAGGUUUGAGAAGUUGGACAUCACCCCUAAAAGCGCCCAGAAGAUUAAGCCCGUUCUGGAGCGCUGGAUGGCCGAGGCUGAGGCCCGCCACCGAUCCGGCAUGCAGAACCUGACUGAGUUUAUCGGCAGCGAGCCCUCCAAAAAACGCAAGCGGAGGACCUCUUUCACCCCACAGGCGCUUGAGAUCCUCAACAGCCACUUUGAGAAGAACACACACCCCUCCGGACAGGAAAUGACGGAAAUCGCAGAGAAACUGAACUAUGACAGGGAGGUGGUGCGUGUCUGGUUCUGCAACAAGAGGCAAGCCUUGAAAAACACAAUAAAGCGUUUGAAACAGCCAGACCUUGGCCCGGCUGCACCAAUGGACCCUCUCACUGAUUCUCUAGAGGAGCUCCCGAAAUGAACGAGCUCUCGGGCCAAACAGUGGAGUGGAAAAGUGGCAGCCAUUAAAAACAACAAAGGUGGAUGAACUCAUCUUGAAAUGAAAAAUGUUCCCAAGUCACCUGGAUGGACAGUCAUGAGUUUGCAAACAAAAACUAUGUGUUGUCAGUGUGAUUACCACAGCUAUGUAAAUGACCUUGGCGAAACCAAAAACAUGAAAAAAGAGAUUAAUAUCUGAGAAUUAUGUAAAAACAUACGGUGUGCUGUUUCAAAGAGUUUUAGAUUCUGGCCUUACAGACCAGACUAUCGCCCAAAUUUUGGUUCCCACAAGGAGGGAUUUAGUAAAGAGAUCAUACCAAAUCAAAACACUAUUUACCAAAGUCUGUUGCAUCUGAGUACUAAGAAUAAUUUUGUAAUGUAAAUGUGCUCUAAAUUUUUACAUUUGUACUGGCAAAUCUAAGCUAUAUGUGUGAGGUUGAGUAUACAUUUUAUCUUUGUCUCGCUUACUUUUUUCUUCAUUGUUUGUAUGUAAAUAUCUAAAAAAAAAAAAAUGCUGUCUUCGAAUUGAAAUCACACUGAUAAAGUUUCUCUUUUGGACAAAAAAAAUGAACCUUUGCUGUUAAACAAUUGCAUAAUAAUGUUGUUUGCCUCUGAUUUGUGUUUCAUCUGCAAAUAUUUUCAGUCACGGUGUAACUUUGUACAACUUUUACAGGUAUUUAUUAAUAAUCUCAUGAGAUUGUUUCAGAGGACGGACGGACGGAUGGACAGAGCAAGAGUAAACUAAGGACAUUCACAUGAUGAUGAUGAUGAUGAUGAUGAGGGGUUUCAGUGUCUGUCAAGUCGACUGCAGCUUUGUUUUGAGCUACUGUGUCAUUCUGUUGCCAAAGCCUGAUAGCCAAAGAACACAUAAAUUUCAGCUCAAGGACUGGUGAAGAUUUUACCUUUUUAUUUACACGUUCACACGGCUUUCUCCCCCCCUUUUUCUAAAGUGUUUUACUCUGUGGGUCAACUUUGACAAAAAAGAAAAAAAAACACGACCAUGUCAAACAGCUGCGACGGUGUCUGCUGUAACUUAUCACGGCAAUAUAGAAAAUGUGUUGAAUUUUCUAUUAAGCAAAUUUUUCUCUGCAUGCUUCAACUCAAACCACAUGUAGGAUCAUUUACAGCCAAUUUCACCAGGCAACCCGAAAUUUAACUGAAAGAAAACACAUGAUUUUACACGAUAAACCCUUUAAUUAAGCCCUGAAAUUAAGUGAACGUGUGGUUAAAGCCUGUUUGUUGCCACUGACCAAACUACUGAGCUCAUUCCAGUUUAGCUGUUUUUAUAUUUCACCUUGCUUUUCUGCCAAGAUAAAUGUUGUUUCCUUUAUAUUCGUCAUUCUUUUCAACCAAGUGAAGGUUUACAGAUGUUACAAUCAGCCACUUUAAUGGAAAUAUUUUCUUUUCUGCACCCAUGAAUUGCUUUCUACUGCAGUAAAAUGCUUUAAAAUGUUUAUUUCAGCAGAUUAUUACCAAGAUUUCAUGUAUUUGUGGUUAUUUUGGGGGUAGAAAUUACUUGACUCUCCAUCACUGUGUACUAAACUCUUCAUUUUAUAUGGUUGUGAAGAAUUGUCAAUAUUCCAUGCAAGAACGUCCCUACAUAUAUUUGGCUCAAAAACCCUCACAGGAAAAGACAAAAAAAAAAAGAGGUGAAUUUUGAGAAUAAGUGUCACAUGUCAGAACGAGUGAACUUAAUUUGAAGUGAGGCGAAAUUUGAUGCAAUUUAUUCAGAAUCAUGUGUCUGCUCGAUAUCUGUCCUUCCAUGUCACAUUGGUUAUCUCAGUCUUUCAUUCCCCUGUGCACCGCUGUGUUCUUCUUCACUGCCUGGAAAACACGCACACAACACACACUCGGUAAAUGUUAGAAAAAAAACACAUGAGCAAGCUUUACAUGUCUGUGUUUUUAAAGAAAUAAGUGAGGUUUGCAGGAAAUGUAACUAUAGACUCUCCUUUACUUUGGUUUAAAGAGAUGUUUAAUAUAAUUUUGAUUAUAUAUUUAAGUGUUUAAAUUUUCGUCCACAGCAACAGCUACUUCACAAUUAUGUUUUUAUUGUAUUUUCACAUUAAGUUGCUUCCGCUGCUUCAUUCAGGCAAAUCUUUGGCCAAGAAACUACAUGUCUGCACCCACCCACCAGACAAACAUGAGAAAGCAGCAGGCUCCUGCAGGUAGAUUAUGGAUCUGUUCUGAGGCUUAUCAAUAAAGCUGUAACCAAAACCAAAUAAGAAAUAAAUAAAAAAGAAGACACAGAAAGGAGUUACGCCUUUGCUCAACUUUUCAAUGCUGGACCAAAGCUCUAUAGUUAUGCACAUUGUACAGAGAAAUAGAUUCAUGAUGUUGACAAUCUUUAAAAACUGAGAUAAAAUAAUUGAAGAGUAGAAAUGUACAGUAGUUCAUCCAAGGUUUACCUCAGUACUGUUCUUGUGAGAAUCAUACAAACGCCAUACAAGCAGCAGCAGGUCAGUAGAGAAAAAAACAGAUGGUUACUCUGCACUGUGUGUGUCGAUGUUCACCUUCAAUGUGGAGGGAGAGGCUUGUGUUUUAUUUAUUAUUAUGUGACACAUGAUUGUUUUAUUUUUGUGAAGUGGUUGCCCGAGCCACGUGUGACUCUCUGGUCAUCAGUUUUUUAUUAUCGUUGCAUUAUUUCUCAUUCGUUGUGAUGUUCACCUCUCAGUUUUCACAGACCCGUAGACCCGAGUAGAGGAAAAGGAGAUUACAGUAAUGUUGCUCUUAACCCAAUUUGGAUGAUUUGUUAAUCACCUUUAAAUGUUUUUGUGAAAUUUUACUAACACAAACAAACUGGUUUGACGUUUUGUUAAUAGUCGAAAGAACUCGAAACCAAAGCUGAAGAGCCUGCAGAGGUUGGUUUUCAUUUUUUUAUAGACUGAAAACUGUACUUAAUCUAUAGAGCAAUAUCUGUUUGGUCAGUUAAGCAGCACU